AUGUACACAAACAUCUCAGGCAAGAAGGUGGUAAGCGCCUUGCUGGAGAUAUUGGAGCGAGAAGAGGAUAUCCCGGAGGCAGAACGGAUAUGGAAAGAAUCGUUAACACGACUGAUCAACCUGACAGUAAGGACCAUAUAUUUUACAUUUAACGGCAGUAUCUAUGAGCAAAUAUUUGGACUACCGAUGGGAUCUCCACUCUCACCUCUUUUGGAAAAUGCGCACAUGGACAAGUUGGGCAAGUUCAACAUUGAACCUAAUCAAAGCAAGCAGUACCACAACAUUUGUGGGUUGUGGUACUGCUGGCUUUGA